UAUGGGAGAAACACGUAGAGCCUUACCAACAAGACAACAGUAGACUAACUCAAGAGAAUGUUGCUCUACACCAGCAGAUCCUAGCACUCAAGGAGUCUCUGGAGCAGCGAACCAAAGAACUCAAAGUCUGCAUGAGGCGUCUGGAACACGAAAAUGCUGACCUAAAGUUUCUCAACAACCAAUACAUGCAACGGAUCAUUUCGCAAGAGAAAGAGUCACAAUUGAAGUCUGAGAGGAUUCUUGAACUACAAGAAAAGAAUUCUCAAGCCGCUAUUAUUCAGACCCCAGGGGGGCGCAAGAAGACUCUACCCUAUCGUCGCCAGCGGAUGGAAAUGGAUUCCGUUCUCACUCCCUCGUCAUCCAAAGGGAAGCUCCUCCCUGUUCUGCCCGAGCCUGAUCCUCAGGUAGUUGAUCUUCUAAAGAUGGCGGAGGAAAAGAUGAUUGAGAUGCAGCGAUCACUGGAUUCUAUUGGAAAGGAGAAGAAAGAAAUGAAAGACAGUAUAAAAGAUUUGAGAAGACAGGUUGAGAGGAGAGAGAAUGAGAUUGAGCGUCUAUCGGGUCAGUUAAGAGGAGGACGUCCACCAGAGGCACUGGCAAUGGAGGGAAAGAUUGAGACCAAUGAAAGAAUGACAGCUCAUCUUAACAUACAGGUUGAUUUUUUGCAGCAAGCUAAUCAGAAGUUAGAGGCUGAUCUUGCAGAAGCUAAUGAGUCCAAAACCAAAUUGCAAGCAAGAGUGAACGAUCUAGCAGGAAAGAAUGCUAAAAUAUGCUCAGAGCUUCAAGUAAAUGAGUAUACA